AUGAUGGAAGCGAUCGUGAGUCAGAUUGAAUCAUGGCCCACUUCACCCCGCGGUGAGAUCCAAAAUUCCCUGCGGUCUUGGCACCGCCCGGAUGUCAACAUCUAUAACUACAUCCCAAAACUUCAGACUGCAACCAUACCACAGAACGGCAGUUCAAUCGUGCCGUACGGCCCUCCUACCUGUCCCGCCUCGUACUUUCUCACCCCCCUUGGCCAAAUCUUUCCCCUCGUCCCGGGAUUUCCGCGCUGUGGCUUAUCCAGAACCGCGCACCGCAGAUCUGGUCCUGUCGAUCUCCGGGCAGUCACCCGAUCUCUGCGUUGGCAACUCAAACGUCACCUCGUCCACCGGCCAUCGCCGCCCACCCCCAAAAAUCGUCCAGCUAGUCCAACUCCCGCAACUGGCCCGACAGAACCAAUCUCGCCAUGGAGACCUGGUCAACUGACAGCCCAGCGGGCCCAGAGCUCCAAGUCCAGCGUGGCUCUGCCCUCGCCGGCGCUCAGGGCCACCAUCCCCCAAUGCCCGAGGCGGAUCCCAACGGCCCGCAACCUUUUUGAUCACACGCUCACCCCGAGACUUUGCGCAGGCACCGAACUCCAGUCGCCCGUCGCUGGUGAUGAGUUGGCAGGCCCGGCGUCGACGCAUGGCGUUGCACCCUCGCAGGAGGCGAAUGUGGCACGCCAAUCAGUGCCCAAGAAACGGGGCAAAUGUCGUUAUGUCGCGACCAGGAAGGGCUGCCGUGCUGGUGCGGAAUGCCCCUACAAUCACGAUAUAACUGCCAUUGAGCAGCGGAAGACUGCAUCGAGCCAGCCAUCGCCCUCGGCUGAGAAUGCCGAGGCUUUAGACCACAGUGCAGAUACUGCGAUUCGGGGCUUGACGAUUAGUGGAAAUGGCUCGAAGCAGGCCGUCGCAACCUCUCAAGUCGCCCAGACGCCAAGACCAGUCUCAAAGGUAGAGAUAAAUGACCCGAGAGAAUUCCAGAUCAAUCAGUUGCGGCGACGCUUUCGUCCACAAGAGCAGAGUGAUGAGAAUGGAUUAACUCUGUCAUUCGGGCUGGUUCCCUCCGAUCCUGAUUUUCCUUUCGAAUUGGACGCUUUGCAAUGUGUCCUGCAUGUCCCAAACUCAUACCCUGGAAAGGGACGGCCAACGCUUACAGUGACUAAUUCUGAAAUGGAAUCUGCUUUCCAGGCCAAUGUUUCCAGGGGGUUUGAUGACAUUGUUGACUUCGCCAUUCGGACUAAUGCCCGAGGGACUUUGCUCAAUUGGGUGAAUAGUCUGGACAGACAGCUCGAGCGACUGCUGACCACCCUGGAAAGAGGCCCCACGCUGAAGUUUGUGGCAAACCUGGGCGACGGCGUUGGGAAUCCACAACCGGCACAACGCCAGACAAGCUCAGUUCCACCCGUGAUUCCUCGGCCAAUGCCCAGCGCGCCUGCCACUGCUGUGCAGAUAUCAGCAAGAAAGGCGCCUGUUGCAUCGCCAGUCUACACCUCCGAGCAAAAGGCCCAAGCUGAGAAGCGAAGGUCAAUGGAGACGAAGCAGCUUGAAGCUCGUCUCGGGAGACUGCCACUGUUCCAAAAACGGACGGAAACUUCCUUCAUCGUCCCAAUUCAGCCUAGCAAGCCGGACCGUCUACCGAGGUCGCUUCAAGCCGUCAAAACAUUAAAGCUUUCGGUGCCUCAGCUCUACCCACUGGAGCACAGCUCCGUUGACAUGCAGGGGGUGGACUGCCCGGAAGCAAGAUCCGUGGAAGCCGGGUUUGCGCAAUGGUUUGAGAAGAAUGUGCAGACGAACCUAGUAUCGCAGAUCAACUAUCUGGCCAACAAUUUGCAUAACUUUGCCAAGACUCCCCUUCCCGAGGUGGCCGAGCAGGCUCAGCACGAACACCUCCAUUUAGACGAAGACACCCCUGCGCAACAGCCCGAGGAAGGUAGACCUCUUGGAAGCGCUGGAGACAAGCCUCAUUUGCAUGUCAUCCCCCGUCCCCCCGAGUGGUCCGUCCCCGAACACCGCAGCGACAGCGAUAUUACAGAUGAAUCCAGCUACGAGGAGGAUUCCGAAGAAGACAUCGAGGACGAGGAUGACGGAGGCGCACCCGUUCCCGCAGUGGUGGAUACCCCCGGCCGGGGCAUCGCCCUCUCAUUCCCAUUCCUGGAGCUCUACGGCAUUGAGUUGCUAGAAGUCAUGCACCUCGCCAUCACGAUAAAAUGCGAGCGAUGCAAGGAGCCGAUGGAUAUCAAGAACGUGCCGCAGAUCACCGAUCCCAAGGCCACGCCGAAAACCGAGUCGUGCAAGAAGUGCGCCAACUCUAUGAGCAUCGGGUUCCGGAAACUGUUGAUGCAUUCGCAUGCUAACCGUGCUGGAUACUUGGACCUGGACGGCUGCACGGUGCUGGAUCUUCUUCCAAGUAACUUCAUCCCAACCUGCUCCGACUGCUCAACUACCUACCACGCCCCCGGUGUAUCUGCCGUUCGUGGCGAAAGUGCCAUGGCAAUCUGUCGGCAUUGCCACCGAAAAAUGGUCUUCAAGAUGCCCGAGGUCAAAUUCUUGGUCGUAGGUACCGCGGCGGCCUCCUCCCGUGCGGCGCUUCCGUUGAAGAAGAGGCCCCGGGAGGUCCUCGGUAUCGUUGCGGGACAGGAACUUCCUCGCCGAGGCCGGUGCCAGCACUAUGGGAAGAGUUAUCGCUGGUUCCGGUUUAGUUGUUGUGCAAAGGUGUUUCCGUGCGAUAAGUGCCAUGAUAUCGAGACGGAUCAUCCUAAUGAACAUGCCAACCGGAUGAUUUGUGGUUUCUGCUCCCGAGAGCAACUCUACAGACCAGAGAGCUGCGGAAUUUGCAGGGCAGUGCUCACCGGCAAGACUGGUAGUGGAUUCUGGGAAGGUGGCAAGGGAACGAGAAAUCGGGCUCUCAUGAGUCGUAAAGAUCCGCGAAAGUACAAGCGCCGAGGAGGGACCGUGCCUGGUGGAUCGAGCUCGAAGAAAAAAUAG